UCAUGAUGGCGGGCGGCGUCCUGUCGGGCUCGGGUCUGGUCAUCGCCUCCUUCUGCAACACGGUGGAGCAGCUCUACUUCUUCAUCGGCGUGGUCGGAGGUCUGGGUCUGGCCUUCAACCUGAACCCGGCGCUCACCAUGAUCGGUAAAUACUUCUUCAAGCGCCGGCCCAUCGCCAACGGCAUCGCCAUGGCGGGCAGCCCGGUCUUCCUGUCCACGCUGGCGCCCCUCAACACCUGGCUGUACGACGAGUUCGGCUGGAGGGGCAGCUUCCUCAUCCUGGGGGGGCUGCUGCUCAACUGCUGCGUGGCCGGCUCCCUGAUGCGCCCCAUCGGGCCGCCGCCGCCGCCGCCGCCGGCCGCCGGGGAGGCGGCGCCCCGGAAGACGGCGCUGCAGAAAGUCAACUCCUUCAUCGACCUGACGCUGUUCCGGCACCGCGGCUUCCUGCUCUACCUGCUGGGGAACGUGGUCAUGUUCUUCGGCCUCUUCGCGCCGCUCGUCUUCCUCUCCAACUACGCCAAGAGCAAAGGCAUCAGCAAGGAGAAGGCGGCGUUCCUGCUGUCGGUGCUGGCCUUCGUGGACAUGUUCGCCCGGCCCUCCAUGGGCCUGCUGGCCAACACGCGCUGGGUGCGGCCGCGGGUGCAGUUCUUCUUCGCCGGCGCCGUGCUGUACAACGGCGUGUGCCACGUGCUGGCGCCGCUGUCCGAGGACUACGUCGGCUUCGUGGUCUACGCCGUCUUCUUCGGCUUCGCGUUCGGCUGGCUGAGCGCCGUGCUGUUCGAGACGCUGAUGGACCUGGUGGGGGCGCAGCGCUUCUCGUCCGCCGUGGGCCUGGUCACCAUCGUGGAGUGUGGCCCGGUGCUGCUGGGGCCGCCGCUCACAGGGAGCUUCUAUAACUACUACCAGCACUACAACUACACCUACGUGUCGUGCGGCAUCAUCCUCAUGGUCGCCAGCGUCUUCCUCUUCGUCGGGAUGGGGGUCAACUACCGGCUCCUGGCCCGGGAGCGAAAGGAGGAGGAGCUCCGGGGGCCGCCGGACGCCCCGGAGGAGCGUGCCGCCAUGCUGGCCCCGCCCCCUGCCGACGGCGAGCAGAAGGACGCCGCCACCGCCGUCACGCUGGACGAGGUGGCGAGGAUGGACGAGGACACGGUGUGAGAGGACAGCUGGACAGACGGAGACAUGAAGGACACACACACACACACACAGAGGCAGACACACACACACACAGAGGCAGACACACACACACAGAGGUAGACACACAGAGGCAGACACACACACACACACACAGAGGCAGACACACACACACACACACCGUUUCUCUUGGUGCCUUUUUGAGUCGAGUUUUCU